AAUCUAUAAUCUGUUAGUAUCACAUCCUGUGUAGCCAUAAGCUCUGGACUACGGAAGGGCUCCAACUUCCAGAAGAUGAAGGCGAAUAGGAAAUUCUGGCAGUCGGCUGAGGACCCAGAGCUAACAUCUCCCGGGACUUUCUGAGCUCGGCGUGAACCCACAGUCUCGUCCGUGGCACAGUGUUGGCAACACCAUCAUGAUAUCACAGCCCAUGAUCAAUGAGACCUUUGCAGUUCUCACACCGAGUGGCAUCAACUUCCCCCAAACAGAGAAACCCAAACCUGCCAGCCAGAGGCAGGACAGCCUGAAGAAACAUCUAAAGGCAGAGAUCAAAGUUCUUGGGACCAUCCAGAUCUUCUGUGGGGUGAUGGUGUUGAGUCUGGGAAUCAUCCUGGUAUUGGCUUCCUUUUCUCCACAUUUUACCAAAGUGUUUUCCUCCCUGCUGAAGGCUGCUUACCCAUUCGUAGGAGCCUUGUGUUUUGUUAUCUCUGGAUCUCUAUCAAUCAUCACAGGGAAAAAGACAACUAAGCCUUUGGUUCAGAGCAGCCUGGCUGCAAACCUCCUGAGCUCUCUGUCUGCUCUAGUGGGUUUCAUUCUCCUCUCUGUCAACCUGGCUGCCUUGGGUCCUGCCUUCAGGGAGUGUGACUUGACCAAAGAGGAUAUACCUGAAGAGCGUACUUACCAUUUUAACUCAAUUGAUAGUGUGGACUGCUCCAUAGCCAAUGCUAUUCUGGCUGGCGCUUUGUCUGUGAUGCUGGUUUGCACAAUGCUGGAGUUCUGCAUAGGUGUGCUGGCGGCUGUGCUCUGGUGGAAACAGGCUCACUCCGGCUUCCUGGGGAGUGUGAUUUUCCUGCCUCAGAGUUAUACAUAUAAGUCCAGCAUGCCCCCAAAGGCAGAUUUUGACCAUGGAUAUGAAGAACUAUUGACUUCUUAGGGAAGGAUUUAUCAGAAAUUUGGUUUUAUGACACUAUCUGAAAACCAACCAAAGAAACCCAGCCCACAAAAGCAAAGUUUGAGUUGCUUCGAAUAUAGGCUUUUGUGUAAUGAACAUUAAACAAUACUGACUUUUCA